AUGGAAGAGAGGGGUGCAGCCUCCCUGCCCCUGGAAUAUUGCGCCGGCUCUGUGGCCCUGUCUUCUACCGCCGAAGGCGCCAACUACAACUGUUACCCAUCGUCACCCGUCGGAAAAGAAUUUUACCCCCUCACAACCAGACAAGACUUUCAGAAACUUGGGAUAAGGCCAGUGGCAUUACCUCUCUACCUGCCUCAACAUUGUCGUCAGGACGAUAAGCCGUCAUCGGCGAGCUCAUCGCGACCACGUACACCUCCCCGAAGGGUGCCAGCCCGCAGAACAUCACCCUAUAUUACCAGGACGACCAUGGGCGAAUCAGGCUCUGGGUCAGGAUUGGGAAAUGGACGGGGACAGGCGUCCGCCCUCCCAGGUUUCCAACAGACCUCGACGGGGACUUUCAACUCGCCACCAAACUCACGCGAGGCACUCAGGGAGGUAGCCCGGGAAACCCAAGAGGUUAUCGGCCGCAUCCUGGAGCAGCUCAGCACGACCGAAAAGGCGGAAUCCUCCUCCCAAUACAACCUCGACACCCUCCGCCGCCUCAACCCCUUCUUCUGCCCGGCCUUCUCCACCCCCACCAAAAUCCAAGUCCUCAACGAAGACACCCUCAACGCCGGCCUCGCCCUCCUCCCCUCCACCACCAACCAAGACCCCUCCACGACAACCCGCGCUCCUUGCUCGGCCGCGGCCACCGGCUGCUCCCCGGCAUCCGGCCGCUCACGGCGCCGCCCCCCCUCGUCAGCGUCGUCAGCAUCGUCCGCCCUGCGCAACCCGCGCACGCAGACCUUCCGCCUCGCGGGCGGCGCGCGCAAGACGGUGUUUCAGUCGGAUACGGAUCGGGAUUUGACGAAGCGCAAUAUGCGGCUUGUGCUGCGCAUUGCCGCGCAUCAUAGGCAUCGCCAUUUGGUGUUGGGUGCCCUGGGGUGUGGCGUGUAUGCGAAUCCGCCGGAGGAUGUGGCGCAUUGUUGGUUGGAGGUGUUGCGGGAGGAUGAGUUUUCCGGGGGUUGGUGGCAGCAGAUUUGUUUUGCCGUGUUUGAUCCGAGCGGGACGGGGAAUUAUGAGGUGUUUAUGCGGGUUUUGCACGAUCAGAACGUGUGA